UUGUCGGUUCCCAGAUGGAGAUGCAGCGAUCAAUAUGAGCACUCACGCUGAGUGUCACUGAUGAAGUUGAUGCGGUUUCGUACGUAGUAAGUAAGGGAUGGCGCGGCCAAAUCCAGACGCGCGAUGCUCCAUUCCGCAACCAAGCCAAACACAAUCACGGCAUGUUCAACCGAUUUCUUAGCUUCAUGGGUUUGAGCGCCUCAUCUCUCCUUCUUUGCUUUUUCCAUACAGCCAUUCGUUCAAGAUGCCGAUGUUCCCGCAUAUCGUCACUACGCUUCUCGCGAUUUCACGCCUCCCGUCCAUACUCGCGAGGUACAAUGGCUUCCGACACGAAGCUAUGGACGCGUCGAAGAAGGCGCAAGCGAAGCGCCUAGAGCCCUUGAUUGUGAAUCAAACAAUUACGGAGCAAUGCCCUGAGCCAACCUCCACGCGCUCCAUCCACAGUAUUAUCUUCCCGUCACCGGAUGCCUCGCCAGUCGAAGUCACUGCGCAAAGCCAGGUCGUCACGUCCUUCUUCCCUGAAAUGACCUGGUGCGUCGGUCAUCCAGUUGCUCUAAUACCGAUUUCGGGCUCACCGUACCUCAAUCAAUCGCUCGAGUACUCGACUUCCAUGAGCGGCACAAGUCUCUGCGAAACUGUCUAUGUUCCGACUGCGACUACUGUCUGCGCGACUACCCUUACCGGAAUUGCUUCCAAAGUCACCGUGUCUGAAUGCGAUCAAGAGAUCACCUUCUCGAGCGAGUGCGGCUAUACGCUGGAAACACCAACCCCAGUCACGACCAAUCACUCAAUGAUCACGCCUGCACCGACCGUAAAGCGAAUGAUGACAUACUGGCUUGCUCCCUGGCAGUCUCUAACCGCCGGAGAGACGCCUUCAGAUGUCGAUAUCAAGGUCUGCACUAUUCUGGAGGACGGGAACAUGGAGUGCAUCCGGUAUCAGGAGGUCUGGGAGGUGGUCCUUGUGACAUCGACCAUCACCACUUCGCGCGAGAUUUCGCUCACGACGACCGUUAGUGGGCCCGGUACACUAAUGGUCGAGACCAUGGAAAUUUACAUCACCGACACAAUCGAAACGGUGGACCUCUCCACAGUCUUUGCGCUGGAAACGGAGAUAGAGACCGAAAGCACGAGCAAGGGCAAGAAGCUAGUCACGAGGCCGGAGACGGAUGGAGAACCACCCGCGUCUACGGUCUACAUUACCAAGCACUUGAAGUACAAGAGCACGACACCGGACCCAACGACCACCGUCUGAGUUACUUCAAUGGCGACUCAACGUGUGGGCACGAUUACUAGAACUCGCGCCCGGCCUCGCCCGACUUUGCUAGAUCUGCCGGAUUUCUAGAGGCGAGGAAGAUGGGAAAAAGGCGUGGCGGCCUUUCAAUUUCGUUUGUUUCCUCGCCAGUAUCCGUAUAGAGUAGCUUAGUCAACAGGUAUUACAGAAG